UGUCUGCUAAAACCCUAGUCCCCAAAUCCGUGACACACGGCCAGACACCAAAAGACAAACCCACUCCCCACCAGUAAUCAAUGCCUGCAAACAAAAAAAACAAAAACAAAAACAAAAACAAAAAACCCCUAAAUUAAAAAAACCCUAAACCAAAUUCCCUCAUCACUUUCCAAAACCCUCCAAACCCUCAAAAACCCCUUCUUCUUCUUCUUCUUCUUCUUCACCCAGAACCCAAAAUAACCAUCUGGGUCUUCUCUGAAAUGCUUAGAAGUGAUGCAGAAGCUGCUUCGCAUAAGCCCAUCAGGCCCCAUUCUAUGCACUCACGUUAACAAGCCUCCUCCUCGUCCUUCUUCUUCUACUCUCUCCUCUCUUGCUCGAGCUUUCAAGAACCCAACUUCCCAAAUGCACACAGCUUCCGCCUUCCGCGGCCUCGCCGCCACCGUUUACAACAAGCCCACUUCCGGCAACGUCCCCUCCUCCUCCUCCUCCUCCCGCUUCAGCUGCACCCUCUGCCGCUGCUCCUCCAACAAGGCCCCGCUCCGGGCUUGGCCUCUGCUUAAAGACGCCGCCUUUUCUGGGUACCGGCCGGCGUGGCUUCACUCCGGCUCAGAUGGGUCCUUUUCCGUUUCGGCCGCCGCGGAGGCUUCCAAGGGUUUGGAACCAGAGGACAGUGUAGAUAAGGGUUUGGAGGAAGGAGAGGCCGGAAAGAGUUCCGAGGAGAAGGUGAGUAAGUUUAGUAGCAGUAGUAGUAGUAGUACUAGGAGGCAGAGGACUUCCGGUGGCGGCGGCUCAGUGGUGGCCGGAAAUCCGGACUUGUUGGCUAUUCCGGGUGUGGGGCCAAGGAACUUGAGGAAGCUGGUGGAGAAGGGUAUUGGUGGAGUUGCUGAGCUCAAGCAGUUGUAUAGAGAUAAGUUCUUUGGAAAAUCUAAUGAGAGGAUGGUUGAGUACUUACAAAGUUCUGUAGGAAUCAUCCACAAAAACCAUGCUGAGAGUAUAACGAGUUAUAUUAAAGAUAGUGUUGAUGAGGAGUUGAAGGAUGAUAGUUCGAGCUCAGGAGGGAAGUCAGCCCAGAAGAAACGACUUACUUUCUGUGUUGAGGGAAAUAUCAGCGUGGGAAAGUCAACCUUUCUCAAGGAAAUAGCAAACACUACGCUUGAGCUACAAGAUCUUGUUGAGGUGGUUCAAGAACCUAUUGACAAGUGGCAGGAUAUUGGACCUGACCAUUUUAACAUAUUGAAUGCUUUCUAUGCUGAGCCACAUCGGUAUGCCUAUACCUUCCAGAAUUAUGUUUUCGUUACAAGAGUGAUGCAAGAGAGAGAGUCCUCUGGUAGUAUCAAGCCCCUGAGGUUGAUGGAAAGGAGUGUUUUCAGUGACAGGAUGGUUUUCGUACGAGCUGUCCAUGAAGCUAAGUGGAUGAAUGAGAUGGAGAUCAGCAUAUAUGACUCCUGGUUUGACCCUGUUGUAUCAAGCUUGCCUGGGCUUAUUCCUGAUGCUUUCAUAUAUCUUAGAGCAAGUCCUGAUACUUGUCACAAAAGAAUGAUGCAACGCCACAGAGCAGAAGAAGGUGGAGUGAGCCUAGAGUAUCUCCGGGACUUGCAUGAAAAGCAUGAAAGUUGGCUUUUCCCCUCCGAAAGCGGCAAUCAUGGGGUAUUGUCUGUCAGUCAGGUUCCUUUACAUAUGGAUACCUCCUUACCUCCUGAUAUUAGAGACCGUGUGUUCUAUUUGGAGGGUGAUCAUAUGCAUUCAAGUAUUCAAAAGGUUCCUGCUUUGGUUCUUGACUGUGAGCCGAACAUUGAUUUCAAGAAAGAUAUUGAAGCAAAGAUGCAGUAUGCACGUCAAGUAUCAGAGUUUUUUGAAUUUGUGAAGAAAAAGCAAGACAUUCCAUCUGCAAAAGGUAGUGAAGAAGCUAAGAAGACUAGCCAGCCACAAAUAUUGCUGCCUCAAAAUGAAUUAUGGUCUCCUGAUAAGCCUUUCCCUCAGUCAGCCCUCAAAUCUUUGGACUUCCGACGAGCUAUAUCCAUGAUGUCUGGCUAGUGCAUCUGAUUCCUCUGGUUUCUCUGUCCUCUAAGCCUUACGCAGAUACAUGUCAUGAUUCUCGAGUCAUCUCAUUUUGUUUCAUUUGUAUCUGGGUGAUGAUGUGUUCAGAUCUUUUAUGUAUGUAAAAAAAAAGUUAAAAGUUUCUAACCCCUAGAGAUGGUAGAGCAAGUUGUAUGAUUGUUGAAGAUUCUGAACUCGGUGUUUAGUUUCUGUGAAGCUUUGUUUCAAUUGAAUGUAUUCACUGUCAUCAGCAGUGAGAUGCUUCGUCUAUCA